AUGACCUCUGCAUUCGACUCAAACGAGGUGUCUCGGCUAGGGACGGCUUUGCUUCGUAUCUCGCCACUGGUCAUAUCCUCUGCAUCCUUGAUGUUCAGCUGGUCACAAGAUAUUUCUCUGGGAGCAUUCUUACACCCGUCCCUACGUGAUGAUGCAGCUCACCCCAGUGGCAAACUUCUUCCAAAGUAUUUGCCUGCUUUCAUGGGCCCUGGGAUCUGGGGUAUCGGCCUGACAUACCCCCCUGCGACCAUCAUUUGUGUUACCAAUGGCCUCAGCAAUCAAAGCCCCGAGGCCCGCAAACUAUACUUGGCUGGUGCGCUGUUUAGCAUCGCCCACUUUUGCUGGGGACCAACUAUGUUUGCUAUCCUUGGUCGCAUUGGCGAUGCCAGAUCCGCCGGGGCUCCAAAUGAGAACGCGCUUCAAGAGUGGCUGCCCAAACACCGGGCGCGCACUUUAUUGGUCAACAUUCCAGCCUUUGUCUGCAUUUUGGGGGCUACUUUGGCCACUCUCACUGAGGGACUUGCAUGA